CCACGCCACUUGACCAUGACCGAGUCGAACGCAUCGUCCUCCCAGCAACCGAGCAAGCGUUGGGCUCAUUUCCACUCGGCUCUGCAGCUUGCUAUCCAGCGAUCUGCACACAAAUGGACCUACGCCGACUUCACAGAAUGCUUUCCGCUUUGGUGCGAGGAGCAGCCAGAGAACGCCCCUCGGAUUUUCGCGACUAUCUCGAAGCACAUGGAUGAUUCAAUCACUGAGAAGUGCGAAGAGUUGUUGAAGAAGUACAAUGUUCGGGAGAACAUAGAUAAUCUCCAUGCUGUGGUCACAGAAGCUCGAGUGCGGAAGCACAGUGGUGGAUACAAUGGGCCAGAUGUUUGGAGAGAGAAUUUGCAUCCAGGUGCGGCUGUUCGAGCACGGACGAUCCCGCUGUUGGAGAAAGAGAGGGAUAGAUUGCGCGCGGAGCUCGAGGAGUUGGACAAGGAGAAUUUACGGCUUCAGGGUGACAUGCAGCGUAAUGUCGAGGCACGAGAACAGGUUGACGCGGAGACCUCCGCGUUGUUGGAUAUGUUGGACGAGAUUGAGGCUCGAUGGAGCCAACUUCCUUUGGACGAGGUGCAAGCAUGGACACUGCAAACGGCGGAAUCCAAGAGUAGUACGAGAUCCCUUUAAUUUGGGAACUCCAACAUUUCAUAACCCCCCCCUCUGUACAUCAUGCAUCUUCCUCCACCACGUCUAUCAAGACUUAAAGGAGCCCGCUUGUGUUGUGGCCCAUUGCUUGAUAGACACAUAAUUUCAUUUUUAAAGACAUUCUGACCGUGGUGCUCUCUAAACCACCAGCCAUAGCUGCGAGACGCUGUUGGCGCCCCAGUUGGGCUAGUCAGGUAUUCUAGGUCAGAAGGACUUGUUCGUCUUACAGGUCACUCGCAUUCCAUUAACUCGACGUGGUUCUAGUCUCGCUCAUCGCCGAGCGUCCUGUUCUUUCGCCAAUGACGAGCUAGUAUCGAAUAUCAUUCUGGCCGUCAUAUCAAGCACUGUCGGUUA